GCUGCAUGCUGGUAGGAACCACCUAGUGACCCCUACAAUCCCACUUAAUAAUGCAUGAAAUUGCGCUUUGCCCUUCUUAAGGCGCAGCAUCUAUUAAUAAUGAUAAAACAGUAGCCUACAGAAAGAUGUAAUAACCAUGUGCCAUUCUGCACAUAAAAUAUUCAGUCCAAGUGCACCCCUGUAUAGAUAUAAACCCCUGUAUAAAACUAAAUGUGCUAUUUACAAUUUACACGAUUUAAGUACUGGAAUAAAGUUAGUUUGACGUUGGAUACCAUAAUUUAUAUGUGUAUGUAGAUAUAGAUAGAUAGAUAGAUAGAUAUGUAUGUAUAUGUGACUGUAAGGCAUUCCCUUCAAAUGCUAUUGAGCUUUAAAUUAUGGUACAUUUUGUGUAUGACCCCAUGCAGUAGUAAAAUACAUGGCAAUUUUUAUUUAUGAUUUAAUAGUUUAUUUUAUUAAAUAUCAAAAAUCUAAAAGGUGUGUAUUAUAGCUGACACGUAGAUGAACACUUUACAGUUGGUUAUAUGAUUGUAAGUCAUUCCCUUCAAAUGCUAUUGAAGUUAGAAACAUGUAUAACAAUGUCGUAUGUAACUUUAGAGACGGUCCAUUAAUUUCCGCAUAUCUGCGAAUAUCGACCGUCCAACGUCAAAACAACUUUAUUCCAGUAUGUAUAUUGCGAAUAUGUGCAAAGCCCAUAUAUAUCUAAUUAUUUCUACUAGGCUUUAACGCCUUGUUUGGGGAUCCACUCGUGGAUUAUUCAUGAGCGCGAGACCGCUGCGUGCUUCUGUAAUACGUAAUGACGUACUCUUAGCAACCAUCAUGGCGACCAAGAAGCUUUGUAAAUAAGUAGCUGUUUACAGCGACAGUUCUGUUGUAUUCUGAGCAUGGGAUACUUGGCUGUGUUUACAAGCAUGGAAGGAAAGCGAGCACUCUGCCCUGGUUCGACUGGCAAGCUGACUAAUCGACGCAUUAUUGAAGAUCACAUGAUCUCUCACUACAAAAAGCUGCACUCCGCAAAAGCUGCAGUAGACUGUUCAGUACCCAAAAGUAUGCGCUGUAAUGUCAAAUAUAUUGACCAAAAGCGCAGUGAACAGAUAAAAAAAGAUGUCUCUGAGAGAACACAAUCAGUAAGGUCUCUUUCACAGAGGAGCCUCAGGUUGGAAAAUAUUACCUCUCGCUCACCCACAAAUGCCAGACCCUCUGCUCGAGGUGCUGAGAGUGCCUGUUUUAACUCCGGUGGCUCUGUCAUGUCCUCCCCAAGGUUCAGUACUUCAUUCCAUUCUAAGCAAAUUGUGUAUCCUUCCCAAAUGGCCGCAUGGUCUCAGAACUGCCAGCCAUCUUCAGAAUUAAGUUACAGAAGCCCAAAUUCUCAGAGUCACCCCUUUACUCUUUCAUGUGCCACAUCUUCAAGUCAGGAGAAGUUUAAAAGUUUUCAAGACCCUAUACAGAAAACCUACAGUGGUGACAUUCUUUUUAAACAUGCCCACUGUUUCAAAGAAGAAAAGCCUUUCACCCCCAGAACUCUGAAAACAGACUGCCCACAGAAGUCCACUCUGUCUACCUAUCGGUAUUACACUCCUGCAAGUAGGAAAGGACCUGAAGAAAAGACACCCUCUAAAUAUAAUCAACCAGACACUCAUCAAAGAAGCAAGCGAAGAUUUUCAACAGAACAGGACUCACCCCAGCCAUGCAGUGUUGACAAUGAAUGGUCUGAUGAAGAGUCAAAUGUAUUUGGACAUUAUGGCACCAAAAAUAAAUUCAGAGCCAGUGAUUUUUUUCUUAGCUCCUUAAGGGUAUCACCAGAGGGAAUGAGGUCCCCAAUUAUGAGAAAAGUAACAGCAGAAGAGGAAGAAUUAAUGUACCUGGAGUUUAUUGCUGAUGUAACAAAUGAAAUUAUACUACGGGGCAUCUAUUCUGACAGAGUACUGGAGCGGGUGUUUGAGCGUCACAUUGAGAUGAAUAAACAUCGAUUAGCUGAAAACAAAAUGCGCCACCUUCUGGAAGCGUUGCAGAAUGAUUUGCAAAAGCCCCCUUCUUCUGCUGUUACUGUUCUUGAGCUCAAGGAAAGAGACAGUUCUUUAUGGCACAGACACAAGGACUCAAGUCUUCAGCAAGACUUGGGAAAUUUUAUGACCGAUGAUACCAGUCUUCUCUAUUUUAAACCUUUAAGGGAUAAGGACACGUGGGAACCUGACAGAGUCGCUCCUAGAUUAGAUACCACACCAGUAAAUGGCAGCAUUUCAAAGAAUGCUAAGUCUGUUACACAAGAAGAUAAAAAGGACCUAAUGGACCUGGAGCAAGAUCAUAAAAAAGGAGAUGCAAUACCUCCGGGUUUGGAAAACCAUCAGCUCAACAAAGAAGACAGGCAUCAGAGCUGUGCAGAUAAUGAUGAACUUGAUGAACUUGGUAGAAACAUGGAGUUCUUAAAUGUGUCUGAGAUUCACAGCUCACAAGAGUUCACUGAACAAGAGUCAUCUGUGAAACUUAGUGAUGAUGAUUUUUGACAUACAGUAUAUCUAUUGAGUUCAAGUAUUCAGUUGCCUUUCGUAAGGCAAGUAACCUCAAUAAAUACACAUUGCUGAGUGUUUAGGUUU